ACAGUUGACAGAUAAAAUGAAAGAUAAUUCCAAAAGUUUAUUUUUUAUUUUAUUUAAUUAAAAAUAAUAAAUAAAUAACAAUGAAAAAAACAUUAAUAAUUUUAUCGAUUUAUUAUGAAUUAAUUUACAUCGUUCAUUCGACACACGCCAGCAACGACAAAGAAAUCUCCAUACAACAAUCUCCAAAGUUCAAUCCACUUGGACCACUAGUCAAUUGUAGCUUCCUGUCGAAGGAGUUCCUCGAAUGCAAGGACCCUGUCGAUCAUCGAGGCAAUCAAUCUGCACGCGAUGAAGUUGGCUAUGGGUGCGUCAAGUUCGGAGGAAUAUGGUAUGAAGAUGUUGAACACACAAAAGUGGAUUGUGUCGUCUUCCCCGACAUCGAAUGUUACGGACCGAGGAACUUCCAGCGCGAUGGCAUUCCCUGUGUGAAGUACACCGAUCAUUAUUUUGUAACAACUUUAAUCUACAGCAUACUGCUGGGAUUUCUAGGAAUGGAUAGAUUCUGCCUCGGACAAACGGGAACUGCUGUUGGGAAACUAUUGACUGUAGGUGGAGUUGGUGUGUGGUGGGUGAUAGAUGUUAUUCUGCUAAUAACCAAUAAUUUGCUGCCAGAGGACGGAAGCAAUUGGAAUCCAUAUGUGUGAGGUGGGAAGAAGAGAGUUUAGGGGAAAACUUUUGUAGUUGUCAAACAGAAAAAUGUUGUUAAUUGUGAUAUUAGAAAAUAACUUUAAAAAAAAUAAAAUGUGUUUGAAUAUUUUUAA